AUCAGCUCUCCCUCUCUCUAGUCCUCUAUUUCUCGCUUUCUCUCUCCAGUCCUCUGUUCUUCCACUUCGCUCUGCCCCCCGUAGCUAGCAGGCGCACGUUAUCGGAUUCGGGCGCUCGUGGGGCGAGAUCCGGGCCGCCGCUGCAGCCGCGCGCGAUCUCGUCGCCGCGGGAGCUGCAUUGCGGCGGCUCGCCGCCUUUCCGGCGUUUCUUGGGGGGCGAUUCCGGCGGAGUGGGGAGCAGGUAUUGCCCCGGGAUCCAUCCAUCAGAUCCGACCUCGCCGGCGUCGGUGGCAGUGGUGGCAGCGGCGCCAUGGAGCCCGACGCGCCGCUCGACUUCGCGCUCUUCCAGCUCUCCCCCGGCCGCUCCAGGUGCGAGCUGGUGGUUUCGGGCAAUGGGCGGACGGAGAAGAUCGCGUCCGGGUCGGUGAAGCCGUUCGUGGCGCACCUGCGCGCGGCGGAGGAGCAGGCGGCGGCCCAGCCGCCGCAGCCGGCCAUCCGGCUGCAGCUGGAGCGGCGUGCAGCGUGGUUCAGCAAGGGCACCCUCGAGAGGUUUGUGCGCUUCGUGAGCACGCCGGAGGUGCUGGAGGUGGCGAAUACAUUCGACGCCGAAAUGUCGCAGCUCGAAGGGGCUAGGAGGAUUUAUGCAGCACAGGGAGUUGCUGGAGGUGCUACCUCGGGUGCUGCUGCUGAAGCCUCGGCAGCAGCUGCAGACAUUACAAAGAAGGAACUUCUUCGAGCGAUUGAUGUCCGUAUAAGUGCACUUAAGCAAGAUCUUGUCACGUCCUGUGCGCGGGCAUCAUCUGCAGGGUUCAACCAUGAUAGUGUCUCUGAGCUUCUCCUUUUUGCAGACCACUUUGGUGCCAACCGGCUGAGCGAAGCAUGCAACAAAUACAUGUCACUUUGCCAGCGCCGUCCAGAUAUCAAUCCUCAGCAUGCACCGCCUGCAGCUUCAUCACACUGGAAGAGCUUUGAAGAUGGGAAUCUUCGUGGCUCCUGCAGUUCAGACAUGUCUAUAGAUGAACCACAGGCUGAUAAUGGUGGAUCCAGCAACAAAUCUAUAAGUGGUGGUGGUGACCUGCAUAUUGACAAAUUAAGCAACAGCCAACAUUCAGUAGAUGCUCCAUCGGAACAUGUCACUGAACAGCACUCUAAGCUAACCAUCCAGCAGGCAGUAGAUAAACAAGAAAAGGAAACCGAUGCUCCUCCUGCUCCUGCUAAAGAGCUCUCAAGGCGUUUGAGUGUGCAAGACAGGAUAAGCAUGUUUGAGAAUAAACAGAAGGAGCAAACUUCAACUUCUGGUAACAGCAACUCUGCAGGUACCGUUAAGGUGGUUCCAGUGAAAGGCGAGCACCGCAGGGUGCCUUCUAUUGCGUCCAUGGACAAGUUGGUAAGGAGGUGGAGCAGUGUCAGUGACAUGAGUAUUGAUCUAAGCAACAACGAUAGCAGUGGCUUCAAUGAUAAAAGUGAAAAUGGAACUCCUGCUGGGACCCCAACAUCUGCCAACAUGGAGGCCAAUUCGAAAGUAAGAGCUGACAAGGAUGCUAGUGGGGUGAAGCAUCCAGUCACAUCUCAGUCUUGGUCAUGUCAAAAGGAUGGUGACAUACCCAAGGACGACUCUACCACUACAAAUACCUGCUCAUCCUCAACUUUUAAUGCUACCUCUCCAUCCUCCUUAUCAGCCAUCGGUACCGAGCCUCCUAACAAACAGACUAGAUCUUGUUCGGAAGGUGAUAUGGCUAUAACCUCCAGCACUGAUAGUGAGUUAUCAUUCGAGAAGGAGGGAGUUAAUCAAGGACAAGGCAGCAUGAGGAUGUCAGAGCACGUUGCUUCAGAUGUUCCCACUCGGACCCGGCUAAAAACAUCUCCAAGGUCAGCUCAGGAAGCCUUGCCAAAACAUCACAAUACUUUAACUAGCCCAUCGUCAGAGGAGAAUGUCCAGAUGAUAGAUAAGGAAAUCGCUUCUGUUCCAUAUGAAGUACCAGUUACAACUGAACGGGUUGGGCAAAAAGAUAAUAGAGGUUCCCGUCUCCGUUCAAAAGAGAUACAUGCUGAAGCAGAUUCGGUCGGAAGGAGGGAUCGAUCCUCUCGAACAGUUGGGAAGAUGUCAAGUGGUGUUGAUCCCAAACCGAGAUCCACAUCCAGUUCCCGUAAUAAUUUUAGGGGUUCAUCUGGUAGGGAUGAAGCUUCUUCUACAGAAACUGAAGUCCAUGAUGUUAGCUUGCAGCGGAAAAGUGUUCAACGGAAGGUAGAGGAUGCACGGAGAAAGGUUGCAGUUGGAUCUGAACUGCUACCUCCAUCAGAUAAAUCUGGUCGCCGGGGAAUAAAUUUGAGCCGACAAUCAUCUAAUGCUGAACAGGAAUUGAGUCUGCAUGAAGUAAAAGUUAAAUCAGUAAAUGAUGGAAAUGUUGUGCCCUUGAGGCCGGCAAAGGGGAAUCAAGAUCGUCAUGAUGAGCUGCAAAUGAAGGCUAAUGAGCUGGAGAAACUAUUUGCUGCACACAUGCUAACCACCUCUCGAAGAGGGAAGCCUACAGAUGCACAGGUUGAAGACACACCUAGCGCAAGUGAGUUAAAGCCUACACAGGUUCUUCCAGAGAAAAUUUAUACCAAGCAAACCGUGGAGAGAGUGCCUAACAACUUUGACACCAAUGAGCUUCUGAAGAUGGCGGACAACGAAGGGUAUAACGAUAGCACACCAGAAAAACUUGGCAUUCUUAGCUUAGAAGAGUCAAGAGGAAAGUUCUAUGAUCAAUAUACGCAGAAGAGGGAUGCAAAACUAAAGGAGGAUUGGAAACUGCAGAAAGAACAGAAGGAAGCAAUAUUAAAGGCAAUGCAUGAAAGCCUAGAACGGAGCAAGGCUGAGAUGCGAGCUAAAUUCUCUCGGUCUGGAGAUGUUUCCGACUCAACAAAUGUUUCUCGUUGUGCUCAGAAGGUUCCUCCUUUGCAAUCAGUUAUACGGAAUAAGGAUCAGUGGGUAGAUCCUUUCUUGGUAGAAGAAGAAACGAAUAGUGACUACCUAUCCGGUGAUGGUUCUUCCAGGAGUGCUGAUUCCAGGAAGCAUUCUUCAAAGAAAGUUGCUUACACUCAGACAUCAAUUACUCAUGUCCAUGUCCAUAAACAUUCGUCAAGAACUGUAACCUCUGGUUAUGCAAAUCGCAGGAAUCCACCAGAAAAUCCUCUUGCACAGUCGGUCCCUAAUUUCUCUGACUUCAGAAAAGAAAAUACAAAGCCAUCAGCCGGUCUUAGCAGAGUUAGUGCAAGAGCGCAACCGAAAAGUUUUUCCCGCAGUAAGAGCAUAAUUGAAGAGUCGAAGAGUAUUUUGGAUAAAGACCAAUCAAGGGGGUCACAGUCUAUGAGGAAAAACUUGAAUGCUAGUGAAUUAAGGGACAGUUCAUCAGUGGGCAAUUGGGUGCCGUCAAGAAGUAACACCCAUAAAUCUGGCGUACCAAAGUCUUUUCUUAGUAAAGGCAAUGGGGCUCACCCUGCUGUUGGUAUAGCCGGAUUUCGUGCACCCAUGUUUGCAAAUGUCUUGCAGAAUGAAGACGAUGAUGAUUUUCUAGAUCAGGAAGACGAUUCUCCAGAUGAUGCCAAAGAUGAAGAAUAUGAGAGCAUUGAAGAGAAUCUUAGGGAAAGUGAUUUUCCUGCUGAUUCAGACAGUGAAAAUCCACGACCAAGUCAUGAAUUUGGAAAUUCAGAUGACCUAGGAUCCGAAAAUGGCGAUGUUCCUUUUCCAAGGGAAGCAACCACUGUUGGUGAUACCAAGUUCAAUGCCUUUGCAGAAAACAUGCGUGAUUUACCUGGCGAAUUACCAGCCCCCUGGACCUCACACCCUCCACACCUAUUCCCUUAUGCAAAUGAUGCCUCAGAUGGCGAUGCUUUUGUCGAUUCACCAACUGGAAGUCCAUCACCAUGGAAUUCUCAUUCGCUAGAUCAGAUAACAGAUGCUGAUGUUUCCCGGAUGAGAAAAAAGUGGGGCAGUGCUCAGAUGCCUUUUGUUGGUGCUAAUGCAUCUCAACAGCCACGCAAAGAUGUUACAAAAGGGUUUAAGAAGCUGUUGAAAUUUGGGAGGAAGAAUAGGGGUAGUGAUGGUUUAGUAAAUGAUUGGGUUUCUGCUUCAACCGCCUCGGAGUGUGAUGAUGAUAUGGAAGAUGGCCGUGAUCUAGCCAUAGGAUCUUCUGAUGAUUUCAGGAAGUCAAGAAUGGGCUAUCUUUCUUCAUAUGAUGGUUUUGUUGAGAAUGAGGUUUUCACUGAACAAGAGCAAUCGCUGCGUAGCUCCAUUCCAAACGCCCCUGCAAAUUUCAGAUUGAGGGAGGAUCAACUCACUGGAAGCUCAAUUAAAGAACCGCGUUCAUUCUUCUCCCUCUCAACAUUCCGAAACAAAGGAAGUGAUGCCAGGCUAAGGUGACCAUCAAGCACCAUAGGUGGAUUGUAUAAAAUAUCUUCGGAAACUAGGUACCGGUAUCAAAUUUUCAUGGAUGGUACGCGGACACUGCUAGCUUGUCAUAUAUAUACAUAUCCUGUAUCUAUGGUAAUUCUUAUAAGCUGCCAGUUGAGCGUUUCCACUGUUGUUGUCUGAUAAUUCUUUUUCUUCAUUUCUUUACCUCUUGUGUAGAUUUGGACUUCUAGAUUUUUGCAUUUUUUAUUUCAAUUGGGCAGAGACGUGAUUAUUUUUCUUGUUUUUGUGAUAUGAUUGUAUCUCCCUCCCCAUUUGUUUCGUCAUUCACAUAUAUAUCAAGAAUCCACUUCCAGACUGCUUUUCUCGGCACAA